AUGAGUUGGGAACCCGUUGAACUGGACAUGGCCACUGAUUAUCAGGUCCGUUAUCUCCGCAUGAAGGACAGCGAAGCUGGAUGGAUUGAAGAAGAUGCCAGGGAGAGCAAGGAGCUACUUUGCCCGAAGGAUGGAUGUGGUCGUCUGUGCUAUCUGGUCUUCAACUUGCCUCAUAAUCCUAGCGAUUAUAUUUUCCAGGUUCGGGCCAAGGUCGACGGCGAAUGGAAUCAUUGGAGAUCAGCGCCGAGAAAAGUGAUCACUGGUGAAACGGCCGAGAUUCGUCGAAGCUGUUGCAUCGUGCCACCACCGUACAUGGUCGAGAAUAUCGGAAGUCCCGGUUCGUGUCGAUACUAUGUCGUGGUGGAUGAGCGCGACCCACCUGGAGAGUCCAACUGGACUGAGCUGACUGAUAAGGUGACAGCUAACAAGCUCAAGAUCCCUUACUACGUGGCCGCGUCGUACGAUAUCAACACGCUGACCGAACCGAAGAAGGUGCGAAUCGGCGACGGAACGGUAAUCGGUGGCUACCUGAACUAUCCGCUCGUGAAAGGCAAAAAAUACAACUACGAGGUGUACACCGUGUGGAACGUGACCGGAGUGCCGGUCACGAUACCGUACCCGAAAGGAGCACCGAAGAAUGGUCACGAAUGGUCAGCACGUUCCGCUCCUCGAAGAGGACAAGACUGGUAUGGAGGCAGAAUCUGCGAACACUUGAAUCACGCCUCGACAAGAUGGCGUGGUGCCGUGGAUGGCCGAUCUCGUGGCGAUUUCGAAGAUGGUUACAUGAAAGGCUACAAGGAUGCCAACAAACUCGGUUCAGCCAGUGCGGCCAGACGACGAAUGGACGACGAUUACGGUACCAAGGACGAUCGAUUCCAUGAGGGCUAUGUGAAAGGCCUCAAGGAUGCUGGAAUGACCGGCAUGUCGACCUCAAUGCACAACUUGGCGCAGCGAGGUCCAGGUGGCGGCUAUUCGACUGGCUUCAUGCAGGGUUACAAGGAUGGAAAUUCUGGUAUCUUUGGUGAUCGUGUCACACCGUCGUUGAUCUCUCGAUUAGACGAACAGUACCCUGGACAAGACGACUUCAAACAGGGCUACGUAGACGGCUUCAAAGAAGGUGCUGGCAGCAGGACCGGUGAGAGACGGACGUUCGAGGACUCUCGCCGUCUUCAACAAUCGCUCACGGAGCUCACAGAACGCCUCACGUCUCUGGAGAAAACCAAAGGAGACGAGAUCCAUUCGACGAAGAUCUACCACGUUUACAAUCAACAACCAGACACAAUCGCCUUUACCUCAAGUGCUCAACAACUGGCACAUGAACUCGAAGAGAUCAACAGCACUUCACGAAGAAGCACUCUCAGAAGACACUACACUCCAGGAGACUACCUGAAGCAAGCCUCUGAAGGUGAAGGCUACGGAACCCUCGGUAGAAAUAGACGAUCGCUGUCGGCAUCUGCGCUUGCGCGAGACUCGUCGGCGAUGGAGAGUCGCACAAUGGAACAGCGGUCGCGUCAUGCCUCCGGCACCGGCUCGUCCUAUAUCACACGUUCGGCGGCUGAUCGUCAAGGAACUGACACCUACAGUAAACGCUACAAUUACCGUAGUCGUUCAGAUGUAGGCAGUCCACGACGUUACGCAAGUCAGACGUUGUUGGACGGCUCACGGCCUGGGCCAAGCACACCACAUGCUCGUCGUGAUGCCCUCAGUACUCUGCAGCGAGAGCUGGACACACUUAGUCGCUCUCCAGACCGAUCAACCCCUCGGGGCUACACCUCAGACACGGGGAACGCCUAUGACACCGUGCGUUCGAAGGCGCGCGGUUAUUCAAACUAUGACUACGACACAUUCUCGUCAUCUCGCCAUCACGAGACCCGAAGUUCUGCUGUCGGUGCAGGUGGUGGUGGUGGUGGCGCGACGGGGAUUACUGUGCCAACAACCAGAUAUCCUGCAAAAGACCCAGCCGACGAUGCUGGCAGAUGGGCUGACGACCUCCUGGAGAUCGUUUCCGAGCCGAUGAACAAAACUUUGGAUCGGAUGAAGAAAUACAGUAGCUCUUCAGCGAAUGUUGAAGGAGGUGCAGCGUCGACUUCCCAUGGCGACGCGAAAGAGAUCGUCGAAGAGAAGUAUCAUAGAUCGUACAAAGAGAAAGGCUCUACAGUACCGAAAGAUCCCGCUAGAGCUUAG